AUGAAACAAAUGAAGAAUAUUACUUUAAGAUUAAAACUUGUUGACAGUUAUCAAACAGCUACUAGUUCAGUGAAUGAAGAAUGGGACUUAAGACCAUUAUUCUCUCAAUUAAUUAAUUCUCCUUCUAUCCAAAACAGUAUUUCAAAAAUGGUUGAAAAUAUUCUUCAAACAUCAGAUCAAGUGGUUGAAGUUAGAACUAAACCUGAACUAGUUAAAAUGCCAUCAAAUUAUAAUACUUCACAAAAUGAAAUAGAAAAUCUUCCAGUAUUAGAUGAUGAAGUUGUUGAAGUAGUUGAUUAAUUUAA